CCUCCCCCCAUUCCGCGUCUGGUACCAAGUAGAUGUAUCCCACUCUCGCCAGCCACGGUGACAUAGAGAGGCGGUCGGUUCCGUGCUAUUUAUAACCGCCCUCCCGUUUCUCCUCACACACUCUCGCACCAUCGAGAAGGACGCUCACUCAUCUGUCUUAAAGGAAGGAUUGUAUGGAGAAGAAGAGCAAUGUGGGAAACGGUCGGUCCCAAUCCGACGCCGCGACGGGUGGAUUUGGGGCCAACGGAAUGAUCAAGGUAAGAGAGGAGAGCGACGAAUUCGUCAUCGUGCAGCACAGGUUCUACACAAAUAUCGCUACACUCGUGCCGCACUGUUCCUUGGUGGAGCUCCACCGUGUGCUGCACUCCACGCCCACCAGAAGAUCAUGUUGGAGGCCUUCCACGAUCAGCUGAAAGCCACGCAACAAAAACGUGGCGAGCAUCCGAACGACAAGGUCGCGUUCUAUGAAGCUCCCAAGGAGAAAGUGAUCCGGACCAUCAGGGAUGGCUUCGAUGUUUCUGGGGCGCCCGACGACGGUGGCUAUUUCGGCCUUGGCCUGUACUUUACUCCGGAGCCAUUCGCCAUCAACAGCGUGAUGUCCGCAACCGCUGAUGAAAGGGGGCUGAGACAUGUUCUGCUGUGUCGGUUGAUCUUGGGCGCGGUGGAAGAGGUCGUCCAUGGCUCUCGUCAAUCUCAGCCCAGCUCCCACAGCUUUGAUUCUGCUGUUGACAACCAAAACACUCCCACCAGAUACAUUAUAUGGUACUCUGAUGCCCAAACUCGUGUGCUGCCGCUGUAUGUGAUGAGCAUCAAAGUGGAUUUUCGUACCAGAGGACUCUCGAAGGAGCCAGGAUCUAGACCUACUUCGCCAUGGACUUCUAUCAAAGAUCUGAUAUCAAUGUUAUCCAGGAUUUUGCCUCGGUCGACGAUGUGCCAAAUUAGAAGGUUGCAUAAUGAACUCAUGGAAAGGAAAACCACAAGGCAACAGGUCGUUCGUCGGAUCAGACAUAUAGCAGGGGACAAGAUAUUGCUUUGUGCCAUCAAAUCAAUUCGAGCCAAGAAAGCAGCAUGUUCCAUUCUUGCUUCUCCUCAGGACGGAAAAAGCUAGUGAAGAGAUGAUGGAUUAUAUUUGAUGCCUUUGAAGCAUACCCUUUUACUUGCAGGAUUAUGUUGCCUGUCACGGGCCCUGAUGUGUGCAAAUUACAACUUCUAUGAUAAGUUCAAGCCCGACCAGAUUCAAAACAGGAUUGCUUCUUUUUUUUCUUGCA